AUGUUUUGUUUGUCUGGUGCUUUGGUUUCCCCGUUGGCGCAUUUAUGCCCCAGGAAGCCAAAAGGAUGCGAGCACGUUCCACAGAUAACCAAACAACAAACGGAAAGGAAAGCAAGAAAAGCAGCCAGGAAAAACAAGACAUCAAUAACUGUGUAG